AUGGUGUACAGUGAUGAUAAGAGUAUAAUCUGUAAAACACAACAUCUCACUAGUUUCUCUGCUAUACUGUUACCAGCUCAAGACGACUACAUCCUGUCUAUCAUCUCUCAGAUUGGUGCUUCUAUCUCUAUAGUCUGUCUUUUUGCUACCGUCCUCCUCCUCUACAUUGUCAGGUGCGUAAGAGAGUGUUUGUCUACAAAGAUACACAUCAACUUUGCUCUGGCCUUGUUCCUGGCACUACUCUUCUUCAUGAUAAACGGCAGUACAACUUACCCGGGCACCUAUUGCAAGGUGAUGGCAGGUAUGACCCACUAUUUCUUCCUGACUGCAUUCUUCUGGAUGAGUGUAGAGGCAGUGGGCCUGUACAGGGCGGUUGUUCUUGUCUUCACCAGCGCCUCCAACAAUACCUUCCUCAUCGGAGCUUCUAUCAUCGCUUGGGGAUUGCCCGCUGUAGCAGUGAUAGCACUGUUAUCUCUAAAGGAAAACGUCUAUCAGAUACACACAAAUCUGAAUGUGUGCUGGCUGUCACGUGACUGGAUGUACGGAACCUUCUUCAGUCCCCUCCUGAUAAUGCUCCUCUUCAACUGCAUCGUCUUCUUCAGAGUCCUCUUCACCGUCAUGAGAAACAAACACUCCAGAACAAAAGGUACAAUGAAGCCUGGACAAAGAUUGGUAGAACUGCGGAUAAUAUUAUCCAUCAUGACACUUCUUGGGUUAACUUGGAUAUUUGGAGUUAUCCAGAUCUCUUAUCCUCACAUAGUCCUGGAAUAUUUCUUCGCUUUAACGAACACUCUGCAGGGCGUGGCAGUGUUUGUGUUCUACUGUCUCUACAACCCCAGUAUCAGACUAGCUCUCUGGAGAGUGGCUCAUGGCAAGUCUAUCAAUGAGUCCGCCUCCAAUAGUUCCUCUCACCAGAAGAAGAAGAAGAAGAAACGACUUAGUAUCCGGCAAGCCACCCGUCAGAAGAUCAGUAUUGUUAAGGCGCAUAUUGACGGCAAUCCAUUCGCUUUCACCACAACAGAAGGUGGGGCCACGCUGAGGAAGAUGGACAGGAAGAACUGGAAGAAGCUGAAGAAAAACGACAUCCAACACACAAACGCUCAACUAGCUGAUCCAAUAAACCCUAGAGGAGCCACUGUGCUGUGUUCUACUGGCCCCUCCUCUAUAACCAUGCCCACUGCUCUUACCACCUGUUACUCUAGGGAAUCAUCCCCCGAGUUUAAAGAAAUACCACCACCUAGCACACAUGAUGACGUCACUGCCCCUAAAGUUCGUGAGGUUACGUCUGAAAAUGAUGUCUCUCUAGAAAAUAUCGUAAUGUUGGAGCUUGAUAAGGACGAUGUGGUGUUGCGGGGCUCAAGUGAACGGUGCUCAAGUGAACAGUGUCCAACCCCAGUAGAAUCUCGACCAGAAUCUCGGUGUUCAGAUUCAUCUCGCGAGCUGGAUCAGUCUCAGAGCUCUUCGUAUGAUAAGUUGGAGGAGGAUGAGGCUGCUACCAUUUCUAAUUCUUGUGGUCUAACCGUGUGA